CCACCCUUAAAAAGAAGAUAUGGAGUGUUAGAGCGCGUAACUCCUCAGAGAAAUUGAGUCAUCUGAGCUUUCAAAAGUUUGGGUCGAAAGUCCUUGUGCGUGUUUAAUCACAUGGCAUUAUAAACUAUGCUCCAAAGAUGGCGGUAGCAUUGCCAGUGUCUGGUAACAGAGUGCAAAAAAGUGGAUUUUUGGAGGUAUUUGUGCGUGAUCGGUGGCACAAAGUAUUGGCCAACUUGAACGAGGAAGCUCUGACAUUGAGUUGCGAAGAUCUGGGUGAGAAAAUUAACUUGAACGGGAUCACUAAUGGAUCUUACGCGACCAGCACCAAUCACUCGGACCUAACGAACAGUCCGACAACGGGCGUACGAACGGCUUUCACGGAUUUACCGGAACAAGUGCCAGAGGCGAUAGCGAACCGAAAAAGGUGCGUCAAAGUGGUCAAACAAGAUGUAGGGGGACUUGGAAUAAGUAUCAAAGGCGGGAAAGAAAAUAAAAUGCCGAUACUCAUUAGUAAGAUUUUUAAGGGUCUUGCUGCGGACCAAACCCAAGCGCUGUACGUGGGGGACGCGAUACUGUCCGUGAAUGGGGUGAACCUGCGGGACGCUACUCAUGACGAAGCGGUUCAAGUGCUCAAACGCGCGGGGAAAGAGGCAACACUAGAAGUGAAGUACAUGAGAGAGGCCACCCCUUACGUGAAGAAGGGCUCCCCGGUCUCUGAGAUCGGUUGGGAGACCCCGCCGCCAGAGUCUCCACGACUGGGCAGCCCCCCCCACACAGAGUCGCCCCGCCCCGCGCCCAGCCUCUCUCCGCAGGGGGACCGCAGGUGCAUCCCGCUAAAGAUGUGCUACAUCACGCGCAGCAUGAGCACGGCUGACCCAGAGAACAGGCAGUUUGAGCUGCACUCCCCUGAUGCCAAGCACACUGUGGUCCUGAGGUGCAAGGACCCCCAGUCUGCGCAGGCCUGGUUCUCCCUCAUGCAGUUGGCGGCCACCAGCCUCACCAGCAAGGUCUUAGUAGAGGUGAAGGAGCACGUGGGAAGGAGCGGGAUCGCCGGGAGCAGAGAGAUUUGCCAUCUAGGCUGGCUUGCAAGAAAGACAGAGAAUGAGAAGCAGCACUGGAAGCCUGUGCUAGUGGUUUUAACAGAGAAGGACUUGCUGCUGUAUGAUACUAUGCCACGCAUGAAGGACGCCUGGCUCAGCCCAGUUCACACUUACCCUCUACUUGCUACGCGGCUGGUGCACUCAGGCCCAGACAAGGGCUCCCCUCAGCAGGGUCUGGAGCUGGCGUUUGCCACGCGCACGGGCACUCGGCUGGGCAUCGAGACCCACCUUUUCCGCACAGAGACCUGCAAGGACCUGUCCCUGUGGACGCGGCACAUCGUUAACGGCUGCCACAGUGCUGCGGAGAUGAUCAAAGAGGUCUCCACCAGCUGCCUGUAUCAGGGGCUGGACUGCAGGCUGAUUAUCCACUAUGAGAAGGGCUUCUCAGUGGUGUCUGAGGCAGAGGACGACUCUGUCCCCAAGCCACUCCUCAGCUACCCCUUCGAGCGUCUCCGAAUGUCCUCAGACGACGGGGUGAGAAAGCUCCUGCUGGAUUUCGGCGGAAGGGAGGGUGAAGUGCAACUGGACCUGCACUCCUGCCCCAAGCCCAUCGUCUUCAUCCUGCACUCCUUCCUGUCGGCUAAAAUAGCCCGUCUGGGCCUGCUGGCCUGACCACGCGGCGCCUCGCCGCGGCAUAGACUCAUUCAUUCCAAAGGGCACACAGGACAAGCCAGGACCAGACAGGACUGAAGCACUGACUCAAACUGAGCGAUCACAGACAAGACACACUGACACCGGACUCCGGAGGGUCCAAAGAUGAGCCCGCUCUGAAAUACAAAGAAUCAAAUCACCUCCGACUGACUGUUGCAAUUUUUUUUUUUUGUGAUUCAAAGCUGUGUGAUGUUAACUGCAAUGAAACACAAUGACAUGAGAAAUGAUUAUUAUUAUUGAAAUGACACACUGUUUAGAGAAAAACACUAAAUUAUCAUGUCUAAACUAAAAAUACGCUGGAAGUAAUUUAGAAUCCAUUCCAAGCUAAAUCCUCUGGCAAACGUCAGUGUUUUGGCUCUUGAUAUUAACCAUAUUUUAAUCGUUGGGAGGGAUGUGACACCUGUCAGUAGACAAAGAAGAAAUAUUGUCCUUCAGUACAUCUUCGGCAGCUGAGGUGAAUUGGAGAACAUUGUUUUAUUGACUGAUGAUGCACAUAAAUGACAUGUUUUAACAGA